GCAUUUAAGCUCUCAUACGCUAGCUGUAGGUGAUCGCUCCACCUUUCUGACACGUGUCAGUCGUUUGGGCGAUCAGAUCCGGUUCACACAGUUUCCCUCGUUUCCAAUACCAUUCCACCAAGUUGCAGAGCGGACUAAUUGACAGCCACAAUCAAUCGCACAGCCAAACAAAACCCAUCAAUCGACUCGCGCGCUAAGUCUCUCAGCCACCGCUGACUCCCCACCUCGGCCGUGCGCCACCGGAUGAAUCCAUCGUCGUCGAAUCCUCCUCCGCCGCCGCCGCCUCAGCAGGGCGACGGUUCAGGGAAGAAGAUCCGAAAGCCGUACACCAUUACAAAGUCCAGAGAGAGCUGGACAGAGGAGGAGCACGAUAAGUUCCUCGAGGCUCUUCAACUGUUCGACCGUGACUGGAAGAAAAUUGAAGAUUUUGUUGGCUCGAAAACAGUAAUUCAGAUUCGCAGUCAUGCACAGAAGUACUUCUUAAAGGUUCAGAAGAAUGGAACGGUAGCUCACGUUCCUCCGCCUCGUCCUAAGCGUAAAGCUUCCCAUCCGUAUCCUCAGAAGGCACCUAAAAAUGUUUUGGCUCCACUACAAGCAGCUAUGGCUUAUUCGUCUGCUUCAAUGAAUUCUCUUGCACCUGUAUACCAAGCCUGGGAUGAUGCUUCAGUGCUUGCGAACAAUUUGUCCUCUGGAGCCGUGCCAUCUGAAAAUGACUACAAUUUUCGUGGACUUGAAGCUGAUAUUGGAUCAAAUGGGGCUGCCAGGACUACUAAUUCCAGUAUAACUGGGCUUGAAAGUUCACCCAGAGGGCCACCAAGUUCCGAGUUACCAAACCAGAGCAAGCAAGGUUCUGCCCUUCACGGUAUUCCAGAUUUUGCUGAAGUGUAUGGCUUCAUUGGGAGUGUCUUUGAUCCAGAUGGUAAAAAUCAUGUGCAGAAACUCAAGGAGAUGGAUCCUAUAAAUUUUGAAACAGUCUUGUUAUUGAUGAGGAACCUUACGAUCAAUUUGUCCAGCCCUGAUUUUGAGCCCAUUAGAGAGGUUCUAUCCACAUAUGAUCUACGUCCGAAAGCUGUAGGGGUUUCUCCCGGGACUGUCAUAAGUGCUGAAUGAAGAUCAGUUGUAUGUAUAUAAUUAUUUAUCCACGUUUAAAGAUGGAGUCCUUGAACUAUAAGCCUUUCACAUUCCAGUUUACAAAUGCCAUCACACCUACAAGAAGGUACGUGUUUUUUGUCCUCCUCAUAUCAGCUGCGUGACUUGUAAGGAUUAACACAAAAGCCAAGAACCAGCAAUCCGGCCCGUGAGUCGAGCACUAACAUUUGAUUCCUCGAUCCUCGAUGUUUUGAGUUGGAGGAAAAAUGAAGUGUAUUUU